AUGGCUCAUUCAGAAAAUGAAGAUGAUGAGGAUAAGUUGCAUCUGAUAAAUGACAAAGCUGAAAAGCAAAAAGGAAAGUCUAAUGGUUUACAAGUUGAGCUUGAAGAAAAAUUGAAAACCUCUGAGACUAAUCUUGGUUUGGCUUUGGAAAGGAGCAACAGCUCAGAAAAAGAUAUUGUCAAACUUAAAGAUGAACUUGAAAAAUCUCUUCAGUGGACAAAAUCUUCUAAGCUGCUUUUAAACGUCACAAAUCAAAGUAAUUUCAACAAGAAGGGUCUAGGAAGUUCGAAUAUUACUCCUCCUUUCAAUCCUCACAACAAAUAUGUGAGUGAGAGAAGCAGCAGUCAAUGUUGGUACAUGGAUAGUAGAUGCUCUAAACAUAUGAUUGUUGAUAUCAAAAAUUUCCUCUCAGUCAAGGCACUUCAGGGAGGAGGUGUCUCUUUUGGUGAUGGAAAGAAGGGGUAUGUUUUAGGUGUUAGUAAAGUGGGAAAAUCGCUUGGGGAAUCAAUUGACAACGUGUAUCAUGUCAAUGGGUUGAAGUAUAGUCAUUAG